AUGCAAAAUUACAUUAAUUCUUCUCUCUUAACUUAGAAACAACUAAUCAAGUAUAUUGAAAUGAAGAAUAAUCCAUUCUCUAAACUCUACAUCAAAUUUGCAAAAGCCAGAGUUCUCAAUGAGUUUUAAAGAUUUAUGGAAGUUAGUAAAACACUCUCCCACUUAUUUGACUGCUAAAUCUCUGAUCUACACUAUGAGGUCAGCUAAAUUGAUGAUUCUGAAAACAAAAAUGUUAGUUCAUAAUAAAAAAAUAAAAAAUGGGAAGACUCAAAUUGUGAGGCUGAAGAUUACAUAUUACUAGAUAAGUAGGACAGUAUUUAAAUGUUUAUGCAAUAUCUUAAAUUGAAAGAUCAGUUUGUAGACUUCUCAAUUAAGUUUCAAGAGUCUGAAUUUGGAUUGUUUAUUGGUUAACUUGAUAUUUUGAAAAGCAUAUUCAAGAAAGACAUCGAAGUCAAAAUAAUUGAGAAAACAAGAGAAGGUGACAUAAAAUUAAAUUAAAUGAGGAGAUCAUAUAAAGAAAGAAAGUAAAAAUAGAGAGCUUACAUAAAAAAGAAAAAGGAUAUACAGAAAUAUUAAGAUUAAUUGGAUACAAAAGAGAAUUCAUAAAGAUUAGAUCAUACAUCUUCUUAAGAUUCUACAUUAGUUAAUUUAAUUGAGAAUUCUAAUAUCAAUAGUUUAAUCUCUCAUAAAAAUAAAGUAUAUCAAUAAUUUGGAAGUACAUUCAUAGGAGAUUAAGAAUUCAAAUAACUAUUCAAAAAAUCUUAUUUAUGUUAAUCAGAAUAUGAGAUAGAAAAUAGAGAUGAUGUAAUAAUAUUUGAUACUACUAUGGGCAAUAAAAUAGAAUUAGGAUAAUGUAUAUUGAAUGUUUCUUUAAAGUAGGCCAUUGUCAAUGUAGAAUAUAAAAAAUACUAUCUUGAAAUGACUAAAGGGAAAAAUACAAUAAAAAUUUACUAUAUUGAUUUUAUAGGCAAAUCUUAUACUGAAUUUAGUAAGAAUCUAGUGUACUACACUAAUAUUGAUGUGGCAUUGAAAGAAUUCAAAGAAUAUCAAAACUCGUAUUUAAUUUAAUUUGAAACUUGUUCUGAAUUUCAGUUUACACAAAUGAGUAAUUCGUAAGUUAAGUUGUAAUAAAGCAAUAGAGUGAUACCUUUAAUCAUAAUAACUAAUUAGAUAUGA